UGAAAUGCCAGAAAAAUACUUUUCCUUAUUCAAAAAAAAUGGAAAAAGAAAGUAAAGCUCAACAAUUCUCUCUCUUUCUCUUUUCACGAAAUUCGUGCUCCCUUCAAGUGUUUCACUCCUUUCCUCGCUAAAGAAUUCACCUUUCUCGAAACCCAUCAACCACAGCCACAAUCCCAUUGAAAUUUCCACUAGCUUGAGCUCCGGGCUUCAUCGUGAAAUGCUAAAAAUACAAUCUUUACUUCAGAUGCGGCAUAUAUAGCCUAGCCCUCAAUGGCUCAUGCUCACAGCAACUCUAAAAAUAACAGAGCAGCUGCUGCUGUUAGUGCCGGCGGCGAAAGCGAAGUGAAGCCCACAACUUUUCAUGAUUUUCUUGGCGAUAAGGGACAGCCCCAAGAUUCUGCUCCGCCGCCGGCCGGGGGUGUCCGGCCGGCACCGGAAGUGUCGCCGUCCGCCACUUCUGAUCUGGGCUCUGAAAGACAUGUUAGCAAUCACUUGGAAGGAAUACCGUUUUAUGGAUCAAGAGGCGAUGUUGUUGGGCCUGAAAAUAGUAAUAGGUUCAUGAACAACAAACGAAGCAACUCUGAUUCUUUCAUGAUGUCGUCAAGGGAUAAAUUUCCACAAGGGCCUACUGAUUCGCAAGACAGCCAGCUCUUAACUAAGCUGCUACGCUAUUCAGGGGGCGAGCGGCCUAAACGCCCACAUGAUGAGGAGGCUUCCUUUGGUAUGCAUCAAAUGAGGCCACUUUCAGCCUCUUUUAUAUCUCAGACUUCAACCGGUGGUGGUAGAACUGAUAACAAUCCUUCCAAAUGGGAUAGAGCAACAAUGCUAAACCCUGGGACAGCAAUGCAAUAUCCUCCACGUACUGGACAGGUCAUGCCGUUUAGCUACCAUGCUCAGGCGAAUAGGUUUAAAGAAACAAACAUCGGUCCUUCUCUAAUGUCACAAACGGCUGCUGAUGAAGGAUCACGGACUGGAAUCAAAGGAUCCGGACUUUUGAGCUCGGUCAAUGCAGCUGGUGCUAUCUCCGGGAGACAGCCUGCAGGGGUACUCAUACGAAGUGGUAAAAGUAAAUCCGGCACUUGCAUUUCCGAACCGGAAUCUUCUACUACGCCCAGCCGGCGUGGAACAGAAUCUGCUGGUCGUCAAAUGACAAUAUUUUAUGGAGGUCAAGCGCACGUUUUUGACAAUGUUCAUCCAAAUAAGGCGGACGUGAUAAUGGCGUUGGCCGGAUCAAACGGAGGAUCUUGGUCGACAACCUACACGCCCAACUCAGCAGUCAGGCCAUCAACCGGAGAAAACCGCCUACCUAGCAGCAACAGUGACGUCGGCAUUGCUAUGCUGAGGGAGCUGCACGGUGGCCCAUCAGACAAAGGUGACACCCACCGCGGUUUUGCAUCAGCCGACUGAGCGAGUCUUCCAGAACGUCACAUAUUUUUCGUCUCAAUCGGUACGGAAACUUCUAGAGGGAUCCAUCACCCAAGAAUCUGGGGGGGAAUCUCAUCAAAAUUUCUUGCAUUUGGUUUGAUGAUGGAAUCUAGGAGGAGGAGAAGCUGAGUUUGAGGUUUAUGUUUGAUUUGUUGAUUGAUUGAUUUAAGUUUGAAGACAAUCAGUCAUAUUGCAUCAUUAGCUAUGUAACUAUUGCAACUUCAUUUAGACUUCACAUUUUUAGUGAAGGAAAAAAAUGUUUUAGCAAAUUAAUUAGAAAAUUUAUCACCAGUUUUUACA